AUGAGUAUUCCGGAUUACGGGCUACCAGGCCAGCAUCCCCACGGCAUAGUCCCUCUCGACAAUUCCCUCGUAACACGCCAAGAAUACGAUAUUCAACUCGAAAUACAUAUGCCACGUUCUCCACCGAAUUUGAAAGCCGGAAAUUUCAUGGUCCAUGUGAAUUUUCUUGGACCUACUUAUAAAAACCCUAGCUCGAUACUAGGCAUCGAACAUCUACUACCUCUCUCGAGAAUCACUAGGAAUGAAGACGUACUCUUUUCAACUCGGCGACCUACGAUUCUUACAUAUGAGAGUGAGUUAGUAUCUGGAUUAGGGAAGCUGGUCAAGGCACCGUUGUAUGUAAUUGGAUGGAAGAGAGAGGAUGAGAGAAUUACGGUAGAUAUGGCGGAAGGUGUCAGUUUUCCGAGAGGAAAUAAGAAUGUGCCGAGCGCAGUAGAAGUGGUGAUUGAGAAAGAUUCGGGGGAAGUACAAAUUUAUGGAUGCAGAAUAAUUAUGAGAGCUAGAUUAAGCGGAUUGAGGUGGUGGAUGUGGAAUUGGAGAAUUGGAAGUGCGAUUGUAGGAAUUGGCGCGUUCUGGGGAGCGGAGAUGUUGGGUUGUAUUAUCGGAUGGGCAAUCUUAAAGUUGUGUUUUGGGGGGAUGAAGGAGAAAGGGGUGGAGAAGGGGAAGCAGAUCGAAAAGAGUGAGGAUAUUGUCAAGCAAGAGGCAACGGAUGAUGAACCGGACCUCUCAGAUACUCCGAGAACGUUCCCAACGGUGGGAAGACAGAUGCCAUUGGUAUAUCCACCGAUGGGUAUCAAGAGGGAAGAAGAUGAAGAAGACAAGAAUUUGGAAAAAGCGGUGAUUCUGCCGCUUGGAGGGGAUGCAGAUGAUGAGGAUGACGAGGGGGAAGGUAGCUGGCAAGCUAGUAGAAGAAGUGAUUCUGGCAUGGGUACGAGUUUUAGUGAAGGUGGCGCAGGAAGGAUGGGACGAGUAUCUAGGAGAAGUCGAGGUGCUCCGGCGAAUGGAAUUAUAUUCCUCCUCCAAAUCAAGGAUCCGUUCUUUAGCGAGAAGAUUUAA